CACUCAUGUAGACACAUGUUGGAUGCGUGUGACAGUAAAGUUGGAUGAAUGAAUAUCCUUUCUCAUAACGUCUGCUUUUUGAUUGGCAAUAGUUUGUGAAUAUAUCUUACACGCGGGUACACGGACGAUGGCGAACACUCUGCAGUUUAAAACAAACUUUGCAGUGUCAAGCAAAAUCGAGCCAUUCUACAAAGGAGGAAAAGUACAGAUCAGCAAAGAUGAGAAACACAUAUUCUGCACAUGUGGGACGCGCAUCAAUGUACUGCAGAUUGUAACUGGGAAAAUUGUUCACUCCAUUGAACAGGAUGACCAAGAGGACAUUACCUCAUUUGCCUUGAGUCCAGAUGACGAGAUGCUCGUGACGGCCAGCCGGGCCCUGCUGCUGAAGCAGUGGGACUGGAAGCAGGGCCAGUGCACGCGCUCCUGGAGGGCCAUCCACAACGUCCCCGUGGCCAGCAUGGCCUUCGACUGCACAUCCACACUCCUUGCCACAGGUGGUUGCGACGGCACCAUUAAGCUGUGGGACGUGGUGAAACAGUACUGCACACACAACCUCAAGGGCUCCUCUGGAGUCGUACACCUGGUGGAGUUCCACCCAGACAUCAGUCUCCUGCAGCUCUUCUCCUCGUCAGCAGACUGUGUGAUCCGCAUCUGGGACCUGCGCACCAGCAAGGUCCUGUGUGUCCUGGAGAGCCACUUCAGCGCCGUCACCUCCCUGGCCUUCUCCCCCGACGGACUCACUCUAGUCAGCUCUGGAAGGGAUAAGAUCUGCACAGUAUGGGAUCUGGAGAAGAAGAAGGCGAAGAGGACUGUACCUGUUUACGAGACGGUGGAAGGGGUGGUUCUGCUGCCAGAGGGAGAGGAUUACUCCGACCUGGGAGUGAAGAACAAAGGAAUGCACUUCAUAACAGCUGGCAGUAAAGGUGUGUUGCGAGUGUGGGAGGCCAGCACGUCCAAGUGUGUGUACAGCCAGGCCCUGGUUGCCUGUGGUGAGGGUGGCGCUGACGAGGACGGGCACCCGCGCAGCAUCACCUACUGCCUGCCCAUGCCCCUCCACGGAGGCCUGGCCACCGUCACCGCAGAACACAACAUCCUGCUCUACCGCUUGCCACAGCUCACCACCCAGCAGCAGUUUGUAGGGUACAAUGACGACAUUCUGGAUGUGAAGUUCCUGGGCAAAGAGGACAGCCACAUUGUGGUGGCCACCAACAGUUCUCAGCUGAAGGUCUUUGAUCUGGCCACCAGCAGCUGCCAAAUCCUCUAUGGACACACAGACACUAUUUUGUCCCUGGAUGUGUUCAGAAGAGGCUUACUCUUUGUCAGCUGCGCAAAGGACAAAACGGUGAGGGUGUGGAAGAUGGAGCCGGAGACCGGAGUGGUGCACUGUGUGGCCCAGGGCAGCGGCCAUUCGGACGCAGUGGGCUCCAUCUGCUGCUCCAGGCUGAAGAAGGCCUUCCUGGUCUCUGGCAGUCAGGACAGCACGCUGAAGCUGUGGGAUCUGCCGGAAACCCUCCCCUCAGCCGACUCGGAGCCUGCUCGCCUCAGCGCACAGGUCACAGAGAAAGCACAUGACAAGGAUGUGAACAGUGUGUGCAUCUCCCCGAACGACAAGCUGCUGGCGUCCGGCUCCCAGGACCGCACGGCCAAGCUGUGGGCCCUGCCGGAGCUCUCCCUGCUGGGGGUGUUCCGGGGCCACAAGAGGGGCGUCUGGUGCGUCCAGUUCUCCCCCAUGGACCAGGUGCUGGCCACCUCCUCCGCAGACGGCACCAUCAAGGUCUGGGGCCUGCAGGACUUCAGCUGCCUCAAGACAUUUGAAGGCCAUGAUGCCUCUGUGCUGAAGUUGAUCUUCACCAGUCGGGGAACCCAGAUCCUGACAAGUGGCUCUGAUGGACUGGUGAAGCUGUGGACCAUUAAGACUAAUGAGUGUGUGAAGACGCUGGAUGCCCACCAGGACAAAGUCUGGGGUCUUCACGUCAGCAGCAAGGACAGCCAGAUGGUCACCGGCUCGGCAGACUCCAACAUCAUUAUCUGGAAGGACGUCACUGAGGAGGAACUGGCGGAGGAACAGGCCAAGGAGGAAAGUCAAAUCCUCAAGCAGCAGGAGCUGUCUAACCUGCUCCAUGAGAAGAAAUACCUGAAGGCCCUGGGUCUGGCCCUCUCUCUAGACCAGCCGCAUACUGUACUGCAGGUCAUCAAAGCUAUCCAACAGAGUGAAGAAAGUGAAGAGUUGCAGAAGACCAUCUUGAAAUUGCGUCAGGACCAAAAAGAGUCCCUGCUGCGGUUCUGCACGGUGUGGAACACCAACGCCCGUAACUGUCUGCACGCCCAGGCCGUGGUGCAGGUGCUGCUGACACACCUGAGCCCAGACGAGCUGCUGAGCUUCCAGGGAGCGCGCUCACACCUGGAGGCCCUCAUCCCUUACACCGAGAGGCACAUGCAGCGUAUUGGGCGCCUGCUGCAAGCCUCCAUGUUCUUGGACUACAUGUGGCAGAAGAUGAGACUCACUGGGGCCACCGUCAGCAGUGGGGCUCUGGAUGAAGAGAUGGACACCGGCUCCCUUCCUGGCUAUCAGCCUCUGUUCCUGAUGGACAAGACCCCAUCUGCAGAGCAGGAGCAUACAGGUGAAGCAGCAUCACCACCGUCGAAAGAGGAGGAGGAGGAGGAGGAGGAGCAGGAGGAGCACAAGCAGGAGAACCCUCAGGACAUUGGACAUGGAGAGGAGGAAGAGGAUGAGGGUGAUGGUGCCUCAAAUAAAGCCUCCACCCAUCCACACAAUGGUGUGAACGGCAAGAGCAGAGUGCAGGUGACUUACACAAUUGGCAGCUCAGAGGACGAUGCUGAUGAUGAUGAUGAUGACGAUGUCAAGAUGGAGGAGGAGGAGGAGGAGAAGAAAGUGAUCGUGUUGAGAAGAAAGGGUGUUGUGGUGAGCGAGGCGGCUACAGAAAGUGCAGAUGCAGUAACGGAAGGCGCGGAUGCACUGAGUUCAACAGAGCAGCCUGCGUACAUCCAGACGGAGGUCAGGUGAUGGCUGCCUGUGGAACGCAGCAUUCCAUACGUGUCACCAAUCAGAAGCCUCCCCUGACUUGCCCUCUCUGGGUCUAUUUGAAACUAGUACUUCCCAUGCUCUGCUUUUGCUUGUGGCCUUUUGCCCCCGCCUCCAUGGAGAAAACGAUAACGUUCUCCCGCUGUCUGCGUAGGCGGAGCGACUUUGUGGGCCCUUUCCCCAUUCAACGUCCCCAUUGCAAAGGAGAAAAUGACCUUUCAAUUGUGUUUUGUUGUGUUCUUGAUUAAAACUUCCACCAUCAAUGAUGUCUUGCCUCAAGUCACAAGGCCACAAGCCAAAAGGAGAGUAUGGGAGGUACUAGUUUGAGUUGGACCCUCUGUGUUGUGAUGGACUGGACGACGAAGCACUGUGCUAGUACACGCCAAACUAAGGAGUGUUUUAAACAUAGUUGUACCGUGCAAAGGCUUGCUGUCCAUUUAUGAGAUUCUGGGCAGAUGGAACUAUUCAGGAUUUGUUAUUUUUUUUAUUACUAUUAGUAUGUAUGUUUCACCGGAGUGUUAAUGAAAUGUCGCAUACAUUUUAUUUGACAAAACUAAAGGAUUUAUUUGAUUACUCUCAAAGUUUGUGAAGUGAUUGGGCAUCGAAGAUUGAUAUUUAUCCAGGAAAGACUGUGGGAAACAUGCCAGACAAUGUGUCCUCUGUUCUACAUUUUGUUUCCUUCAUACCAUUCUGCACGCGUCAUUACAAGCAGUCCGCUGUGCUGUAUAUCUGCAUUUGAGACAAAAGGAUCAUUGACGGACCUUUUAAUAGAUUAUUUCCUCCAAAGGCUUGAUAACGUCCGUUUUAAAAUGUGCCUCACUUAUUUUCACUUUCCCUUUUUCCCCCCUCUUGUCCUCUCAUCAAGGAAAUUCUCACACACAUUACACACGUUUGUGUAUGGUCUGACCUGGUUUGUGAUUGUAACUCAACUAAUGUCAAAACAAUUAAGUAAGACAGUGCAGGGGAAUGGAAGGUUAUUUUGCUAUUUUUGUCAAAUUAAUUAAUUUUUAAGAAAAUAUAUAAUGUGAACUGUA